AUGCCUAUGUUAUCUCAACCUUCACAAAAGUACAAGCCGUACACACCUAUCCGCCUACCAAGUCGUCAAUGGCCAUCGAAAACGUUCACGAAAUCACCUAUUUGGCUGUCUACCGAUUUGAGAGAUGGAAACCAGGCUCUGGUCAAUCCUAUGACAAUUGAACAAAAGACGAUAUUCUUCCGGGAACUCGUUAAGUGUGGUGUAAAGCAAAUCGAAGUUGCAUACCCAAGCGCCAGCGACACUGAUUUUGCAUUUGUACGGGGUUUAAUCGAGAAACAUGAAAUUCCGGACGACGUAUGGAUACAAGUUCUGACUCCAGCCCGCGAAGACCUCAUUCGACGUACUAUUGACUCAGUCGCUGGCUCAAAGCAUGCCAUUAUACACAUGUAUAAUGCGACCUCUCCCACUUUCCGUAAUGUCGUCUUCAGAAAUUCCAAAGAGCAAACACUUGAUCUCACCAUUAAACACACCAAAAUCAUUCGCGAAUUAACGGAAGAAUGCACUCAAAAGUAUGGUACCAAAUUUAUAUACGAGUACAGUCCGGAGACGUUUACUCAAACGGAACCUGACUUCGCCAUCGAAGUAUGCGAAGCGGUGAAGAAGGCCUGGGGCAAGGCAGGAUUGGGCGACGAGCGCAUUAUAUUCAAUCUGCCUUCGACGGUCGAAAUUGCACCGCCAAAUCACUAUGCCGAUCAGAUUGAAAACUUUUGCAACAAAAUCUCAGAGAGAGAGAAGAUUAUUGUAAGUCUACAUCCUCACAAUGACCGAGGCACUGGUAUCGCUUCUGCGGAGCUUGGAACUCUAGCAGGUGGUGAUCGUAUCGAAGGCUGUUUCUUCGGUAACGGCGAACGAACUGGCAAUGUUGACCUUGUCACCCUCGCUUUGAACCUCUACACACAAGGAAUCCCCCCUAUGCUCGACCUCAGUGACUUACAGAAUACCAUCGAUGUUGUGACCGCAUGCAAUGACUUACCUAUCCCUGCACGGUACCCUUAUGCCGGUGAACUUGUUUAUACUGCGUUCUCUGGCUCACAUCAAGACGCUAUUAAGAAGGGUUUUGAGGCUCAGCGUCUGAAACAUGAAGAGUGUAAGGCCAAGGGUGAACCGUUGAUUUGGGACAUACCCUAUCUACCCAUCGACCCGGCGGACUUGGGUCAGACGUACGAGGCGUUGAUUAGGGUCAAUUCGCAAUCAGGCAAAGGCGGUAUCUCAUAUCUCCUCAAACAAAAUCUACACCUCGAUCUCCCUAGGAAGAUGCAGGUUGCGUUUUAUCAAGUCGUACAAGAGGUUUCUGACCGCGAGGCAAGGGAGAUGACAGUGGACGAUAUAACCUCAGCUUUCAAGCGCACGUAUCAUUUUGGUACAGGGCACAAAGGCCGUUUGUCCUUGCGCAGUUUCAAGAUCUCUUCUCUGGAUUAUGAAAAACCCAAGCCAAAGGCUAAGUCAGAUCAGGAAUCGGGCGAAGAAGAUGACACUCAGCGUCGUUUUGACGGUACCGUUUCUGUGGACGGUGUGUACCGUGUCAUCCGUGGGAAGGGUAACGGUCCCCUUUCAGCUCUCCUUGACGCGCUCCGAACCCAUCUUUCUUUGGAUUUCGCAAUUCGCGAAUACUCCGAACACACUAUCAACGACGCCGAUGAAGGCGAAAACGCGCAGGCAGCAUCAUACGUCGAACUUAUCUCUGCCACAGAGCGCAAGACAACCUCAACCAGGCAAUCAUGGUGGGGUGUUGGCGUCGACGCCGACAUUGCUCGAAGCGGUUUGAGGGCAGUUCUAAGCGCUGUAAACAGUGCAAUCAUUGACGGUCGGGAAUUACCCAAGCUGAAGCUCUCUGUUGGCUUCCAUUCGAAAUCUUCUGGGCAAGAAGACGUUGCCAGUGUCAUCGUCAACCAACUCGGUCUCGAGCUCCCGCGGAGAUUCCAAGCAGCCUUUUUCGAAGUAGUCCAACGGAAGGCUUUAGAGGAAGCGGAUGAAAUCUCCAUCGACGGUGUGACGCAAUUGUUCAAAGAUACGUACAGAUACCAAAAUGAUCGUCCUUCUACGAAAGUGUCUAUGGAGUCGUUCAAGCUGGAUCACUUGGAUGGCAGUCGACGCUCCCUCUCUGGCUCAUUUACUUUUUUCGGUGGCGCAUCCCGCACCAUUUCUGGCACUGGAAACGGUCCUCUCUCUUCCCUCCUCGCUGCGUUGCACACCCAGAUUGCUGGUACCCUCUCGAUAAGAGAUUAUUGGGAGCACUCGAUCGGGGAGGGAAGCGAAGUGAGAGCGGCGAGUUAUGUAGAUUUGGUAUAUGAAGUUACAGGAGAGUCUACGAAAAAUUUGAAGUCGAGUGCAUGGGGUGUCGCGACUGACACGGAUAUUACUGCGUCGGGAGUGAAGGCGGUAUUGAAUGCAGUAAACGAUUUGAAUGUCGUUCUCAAAAACUGA